AUGUUAUGUACAUAUCAAGAACCCAGUUCGAAGCGGCUUCGUGCCGGCCUCGCAGACAGUUCGCUCGGUGGCGCCAACGCCUCGAGUUCCGCUCGUCUGGCUCCAGUCAUCGAGGCGAAUCUAUUCUUUUCCCUUUGGCUUUGGUUCCUGGCUUUGCCUGCAAGUCUCCGCGCCCUGAGUAGCAGUACGACGAGCACGACAAUGAUGAUCCCCGCUCCCGCCGCGCCAACCCCAAGACCCGCCCUCGCGCCCGGGGACAGGCGCGACCGCGGGUGCUCCGCAGCUGUUGUCGCCGUGGCCGAAGACGUAGCUGACGACCACGUCGCCACAGCCACUGUCGAACUCGAACUAGAACUCGAACUCGAACUCCCAGAAGUAGAGGUCGGCGAACUCCCCCCCAGCACCCCCGGCGACGCCAACGCAAACGUCCCACUCGAGCAGCAAUCCCCCUGA